AUGUCGAGCAGCGUCUUUUGGUUUUUCGGCCUUGGAGCCGCCAGCGUGGUCAUCUUUUUCAUAUCCCAGCGACGGACGGUCGCUCACCACGCCUCCGAGCCCCCGUUGAUCCCAAGCAAGAUCCCCUUUGCGUUAUUUGGCAUGGACUGGCCUACUAUUCGCUGCAAAGGUGUGUACCAGUUUCUUAUUACCAUCAUUGAUGAAGCCCUUGCUAAGAUAUACAUUGAUAGCGACAAAUCCAAACUCCCCAUCUUUACAAUUAACCUGCUCUCUAGCAAAGUAUACGUGGUUACAUCGCCUGCUUUGAUCGCAGCGGCGCAGAGGAAGAGCCGGGUUAUUUCCUUUGAGCCAUUCCCUACAAUUGCAGCAGAACGUCUCGCAGGAAUUAAAGGACCACGGCUGGAAGCUCUCCGCGAACCUCGCAGGGGCGGCGGUGGGCUGAACAAUCGUGUUAUGCAUGUAAUGAGCCCAACGCUGCUCAAUGAGGGGCUCGAUCAGAUGAACUCCAGGAUGGUCGCAACGCUCAAAGAAUGGGUGGAUGGAUUGAGCAGUGUUGGCGACGCAGGGCAUCGCGCAUUCGAUCUAUAUGCCUGGUGUCGUCAGAUCUUGACCAUCGCCAGUACCGAUGCAGUGUACGGUCCGCUGAAUCCGUACCGGCCAACCUCAAUACAGGACGCAGCUUGGACAUACGAACAGAGCGCAGCGAUAUUUCUACUGAACAUUGCGCCUCGGCUGAUUGCCAACAAGGCUUGGAGGGCGCGCGAAACGGUGGUUGCGGCUCUUGAGGCAUACUAUCGAAAUAAUGGACACUUCGACUCCUCGGAAAUGACCUAUCGUCGCUGGAAGGUGCAGCAUGACAGCGGCGCGAGCCCUGCAGAUAUUGCCCGACUGGAGGCACUCUUGGCCUUCGGCCUCCUUGCCAACUCUGUUCCCUCGACAUUUUGGCUCCUCGUGGAGAUCUGCUCUCGGCCCAGUCUGCUUGCCGAAGUACGAGAGGAGCUCAUCGAGAAUGCUCUCCACGUAGAUGAAAAGGGAGUCCACUUGCUGGAUUUAGGAGGAAUCCAGGCGAAAUGCGCUCUGUUCCUCUCGGUGUUCCAAGAGACGCUACGUCUACGAUCCAAUGCGACCGUGACGCGGAAGAUAUAUGAGGAUGUGAUGCUCAACGACGAGUAUUUGCUCAAAGCGGGCUCGCUUUUACAGAUGCCCGCCGCCCGCCUCGCACGAGACGGCUCGACCUGGGGAGCAGGCGGCGAUGGGGGUGUGCCAGCAGCGGAUUUCGACCCCAGGCGUUUCAUGAAAAAGAAGGAGGGAUCUGGGACAAAGCAAGCCGUGACUGGGUACCUCGCCUUUGGAGCCGCGCCCGACCUGUGCCCCGGGCGACACUUUGCGACGGGCGAAAUCCUAGCGCUGGUGGGCAUGAUGCUUCUCCGCUACGACAUCCAGCCAGAGAACGGGCGCUGGAGUGUCUCGAAGCUCAACCCGCACGAUCUUCCGGCAACGGUGACGCCGCCAACCAUGGGCGCGUUCUUUGCGACGGCGCGACCCAGGGCCGACUACGCGGCGGUGGAAUGGGGGUUUCGCGUUGUGCCAGGCAAAGGUCGAUACGGGCUCAUCACUGGGUAG